CCCCUCGCAAGUCUUCCUCGAGUUCGCCUCUCUGAUUGGCCCGCUUGUAUGCCAGUUCAUACAUUUCCAGCCCCUAAUAAGACGGGGCGUGGUUUGUGUGAAUGUCCUGCAGACGUCAUUAGCGAACUGUCCAUACUAUGAUGGCGGCGGCAGCGACGGAACGGGGCGGCGGUCCCGGCUCUACUCCUCCCGGUUCCUCGCGGUCUACUGCGGACUACUCGCUGCUGGUGGUGGUGGGCGCACUGCGACCUGCUGGUCUGCUGGAGCGGCUGCUGCGACAGAUCGAUUCAGGUGUGCGGUGCUGGCCCAUAGAUCUGGAUGUUUCUGUUCUGGAUCAGCAGCUGAAACUGUUUGUGUCGAGACACUCGGCCUUCCUGUCAGAGGACAUGCGAGGGCAGAGGACUCUGCAGCACAGCGGUGACAUUCUGGACACUCAGGUUGUGGUGAAUCCAGCUCAUGACUUUGUCUGCUCAGAGGUUCGCCGGCUGAUCCGUGAUUCAUCUCGACACAAACUGCUGGUUCUGGCUGGCCAGUGUGUCGAAGAGACCGGAGACAUUGUCUUACAGAAAGGCAGAUUCUCUCUCCAUGACUUCAUCCACAUAUUUGCUGAUGAGGAGGUUGGAGAGUUGUUGAGCUCUGCAGGCCCGGCAGACAAGGCCAGCCUUACCCUGAGCUGUCCAAACUAUGGUCUUUGGAAGGACUAUGUUCUGGAAAAACACAACCUGCAAGACUUCAUAAACAUCCAGAUAAACCCUUCCCCUGUCCUACCAGAAAUGGAGGGUCUGCAAGAGUUCACAGAGUACCUCUCUGAGUCACUGGAGCCUGAGUCGCCCUUUGAUCUCCUGGUGCCACCAAGCACUGCGGGGUUCUUGAAACUCUCCCGUCCCUGCUGCUACAUCUUCCCUGGUGGAAGGGGGGACUCUGCCUUCUUUGCUGUUAAUGGUUUUAACAUCCUGGUGAAUGGUGGCUCUGACCCCCGCUCUUGCUUCUGGAAACUGGUUCGACACCUGGACAGAAUUGACUCAGUACUCAUGACUCACAUUGGUGUGGAUAAUCUCCCUGGGCUAAACAGUCUGCUUCUGAGAAAAGUAGCCGAGCAGGAGGAUGAGUCUGCUGGAUCUCAGACCGAAGAGGACUGGAUGAAAAACCUCAUCUCUCCGGAGAUUGGGGUGGUUUUCCUCAAUGUUCCUGACAGAUUGAAGUCCAUCCAGGGAGAUCCCAGUGAGUUGCGAAGUUGUGACCAGGUGGCACUCGCUCUGCAGCACUUGCAAAGACUGGCAAUCAAGCCCGAACCUCUCUGCCGGUUUAAUGGACCCAUUAUAGAGCCUGUUAUCUUGUUUCAGAAGAUGGGAGUCGGUCGUCUGGAGCUGUACACAUUGAAUCCAGUCAGCGGCAGCAAAGAACUUGAAGCUUUAAUGCAAAUUUGGCCAGAUACUGGAUCAAAUUUAAAGGGCUCAGAUCUUCCACUACCAUGCCUUGUUUCCAUUUGUGCUUUGCUGGUUUGGCAUCCAUGCAGUCCCCAGGAAAAGAUAAUUCGUGUCCUCUUCCCAGGGUGCACGCCACAGACCAAAAUUAUGGACGGACUUGAAAAACUCAAACAUCUAGAGUUCCUCAAACAUCAGUCAGUGUGUUUGAAGGAUCUAGAAACAUCUAAAACUGAGAAACAACCAAAACGUGCAGAGAGUCGGGAAAGCCUUAAGUCCCAGAGUAAGGACUUCAGACCCAGUAGUGCCUUGCAGAAAGACAAAUUUGGACGAGUAGAUGUCAAAAAACAGGAGAUGAAAAUAAAGUCAAAGGCAUCAGGUGACACUGCAGCAAAAGACAAAGAUGGGGAAGAAAAGCUCAAACUGAAGGAUGCCGAUGGUAAAUUAAAACCACUGAAAAUGUCUGAAAAACCUGUUCCAAAGAAAGAUGUGUCAAAAGAAGAGAAAAGGGAAGUGAAAAAGAAGGAUGAGAAGCCCCCUGCUGUUCUUGUAAAGAAGGAAGAGAGUGGGGAGAAAAAGAAAGAAGCUGUAAAGAAGGAAAGUCCAAGCAUAAACCCAAAGAAAGAUAUUAAACUUGAACCAAAAAAAGAGAGCAAGAGGGAUGUGAAAACAGAGGAGAAGGAAAGUCCAAGCACAAACCCAAAGAAAGAUAUUAAACUUGAACCAAAAAAAGAGAGCAAGAGGGAUGUGAAAACAGAGGAGAAGAAAACAGCUAAGCCACCUCUUAAAGAAAUGAAGAAAACAAUAAGUGGAGCUUCAAAUACAGCAUCAACAGCAAGUACUGAACCCAAAAAAGCUUUGGGCAAGACUGGGACUCUAAAGAAAGAUGGGACUCUUCCAAAGAAGGACACUUUGAGCAGGGGGAUGAAGGGUAAGCCAAGUCCAAAGGAACAGGAAAACCAGAAAGAGGCAGAUUGCUCCAAGGUGUCCACACCCGAGGACUUGACAGCUGAAUUUGAAAAAUUUAAACUGGAAGAUGACAAAGGAAACAGUGGUCAAAAGGCAGUUAUGAACCAGACUUCAACAGUUGAGAGUCCAGAAAUGUUUCGCUGUAUGGGGACUGAUCAGGACAUGGCUGCCUCUUCCUCGCCUUUUGCCAAAACACCAAAAAGUGAUGUUGGUGUUAACUUUGAUCUUACUUUGACUGCAUUCCAACCAGUUGUUGGAUCCUUGACAAAUCGACCAGAUGACCUCUGUGUGAGCUCAGAGGAGAAGUCGCUGGAGCUGGUUUCUCCUGCAGAUUCAGCCCCUAACAGUGCAGGACAUACUCCUUUCCAGCAGCCCCCUGAGGACAUUCAAGGUUUGGGUGAGGACAGCAGCCUUGGGAUGAGAGGAUCCAGCCUGGGCUUCGAAGAUUACAGGGGGGAAGGUUCUUGUAGAACCUCAGACCUAAGCUCCCUAAAGGAAGGACUGGAAAACUCCACAUCCUCUCAGGAUAAACAGUCUAGCCUUCUGACCCUCAGUCCUUUCAGAGACAUCUUGCCAGACUCCUCUCCCACUGUGACUUCCAUGCCAGCUGAGGUAGGUUCCCCUCAUUCUACAGAAGUUGAUGAAUCUUUGUCUGUUUCUUUAGAGCAAGUUCUGCCACCUGCUGCAGUGCCACCCAAAUGCCCCAUGGGAGACAGAAUCUACUCCAACGGACAUAUUAGUGACUCAGACUCCAACACAGAGAUGACCUUACCUAUGAUUUCUUUCCAUAAUGAGCGUUGUGGAAAUGGAUCAGAGCAGCACAUUCACAGGAUUUCAGAACUCAUCUCAGAUACUCCACAUGAUGUUGAUCUGUGUCUGGUAUCACCAUGUGAGUUCCAGCACCAAAAGACUUCAGAGAAACAAAAGCAGCAUGUCAGUCCUGGAUUCGCUACUGGCACCUCACCAGACAUGUCCGACAACAACAACCACUCCCAGGAUCAGAGCAGCAGCGACUGCCCUUCAACCCACAGUCAAGAAACUCCACCCACAUCAGUUAGUGACUCCCUUCCAUUGGCCACAGACUCUGAUGUCCCCCCUGGCACAGAAGACUGUCCUUCCAUCACUGCAGACAUUGACUCUGAUGAUGAUGAUUCCAGUAAUCUCUUUCUCCCCACUCAUCCCCAAGAUCAUUCCAGUUUGCACUGUGCCCACAGGUCAAGGCAGCUUUCCUCCCAUGACCCGCCACCAGCUCUGGUAAAGGACCUGCCCCCACUACCACCCCAACCUGGAGCAUGCAUGGCCGAUGUAGAGGCUGAUGGAUCAGUCAAGAACCUAAAGAGUUCAGUUGCCAAGACCAAGAAACCAACAGCUACAAUACAGAAGAUAACCUCUGGAUGUACCACAGCCCAGAAUGGAAAGCUUAAAGCUGGCAGCUCCAUGGGGUCACUAAAGACAACCCCAAGUCUUGAUGCAAAGCCAUCAUCCCGAAAUUUACUUGGUGGAUCCCGACCUGGAACAGCAAGACUAUCAUCUUCAGGUCUCAAAGCUGCCAGUUCUGCAGGUUCUGAGAAUUCUGCAUUCUACGUGGACCUGGCCUACCUGCCUUCUGGCUGUGCUGCUUCCACCAUGGACCUGGAGUUUUUCAGGCGUCUUCGGUCCUCGUAUUACAUCAUCAGCGGAGAUGAUCCUGUAAAGAAUGUGUCGAUGAGGAGUAUUCUGGACUCCCUGCUGGAGGGGAAGAGCAGCUGGCCCGAGGUUCAGGUGACUCUGAUCCCAACAUUUGAUUCACUGGCAAUGCACGAGUGGUACCAGGAGACCCAUGACCGGCAGAGAGAGCUGUCAAUCACCGUGCUGGGCAGCAGCAGCACCGUGGCCAUGCAGGAGGAGACCUUCCCUGCCUGCAAGGUUGAGUUCUGAGCCCCGCCCACUUCACCUCUGCACAGGUAGAUGAUGAAACAGAGAAUAGACUUUUAUUGUUCCCAUGGUUAGAGCCUGACCAGACCAGUGAUGGGAUGCACCUGUCAGCUGCAUCAUCAUUCUGCAUGACUUCCUUUACUUUUCCUGCACCUGUGUGACAUCAUGUGUGCUUGUCACCCGUCACUGGCUAUCAUUUCCUCUCUGCUGGAUCAGGACCUCGUUAACUGAAGGCUGGAUAAUUACCAGAACUAUAGAACCAGAGCGAGCCGAUGAAAAGGAAAAUUAGUGGGAACAGAACAUUCGACAGAUUUGAUAUGCAACAUGAAUCAGAAUGAUAUUUGUCACACUAAGGUGUGUUGUGAUAGCUGCUGUGCAAACAGAACUUGGUGUUCGGCUGCAGUUUUCAUUCUUAGUUGUAGUUUCCAUGCUGAUUCGAGUCAGACAGAAGAGAAAUAGUGGAUCACCCCUAACUCUGUGUUCUCUGAGAGCUGAAGGCUGUAAUUAUAAGAUAAAGGUCUAGAAAGAAUUUCUAGAAAAAUUGUGUAUCACAUAAUCAUCACUUCACAGUUAUGAGUUCUGAAUCUCAAAAAUACCAAGUCUGUGUCUUGUACUUAUGAGACCAGGCUUACUUUGUCUUGGCUUAAAAUUAUGCAGUAAUUGCUUCAGAUUUAUGACUUGUAAUUAAACAACCUCUAUGUAAUUAUGCUACAGUUGCUAUCUCAUAACUAAACAAUAUUUAGCUGUAAUUAAUCAUAUUGUAAUUACACAAACUAUACCUGACAGUAACCAGAACUUGCAAUUAUAGAAUUUACACCUUGGGAUCAUGAUUUUUGUUUUAUAAAAUUUUAUUUUAAAUCACACGAUCCGUAUCUGGAAAAUAUGCAGUCUUUUCUCCCCGUUAUUCCAUUGUAGCUAGUUCGGGCACCUUUGUUUGUGUCUCAUAGGAUUUUUAUGACGGAAUCCUUAGCUCAUAAUUUAAAAACCUGUUUUCUUGUGGUUCUGAAGCAGACAAAUCAGAAUACGCUUUUUCCUUGGCUGACUGUGAUUUCCUUUACCACAGCUCAGCUGAUUUUCUGAACUUUCUGAUCCAGCAGACAGAAGCGACUUUUGAUGUUCACACAGGAAUCUGUUAUAAAUGUGUUGCCUCCACCUGUACCGUUUAAUCAUGUGAAGGUUCAAACACGGUGGCACGACUUGGCUUCUGGUCUAAAGUUUCACCCCUUUGUCAUGAAGGAAAAUCACCAAAAUACUUCCGCUUUGAUGCGAACAUAGUUUGUAUUUGUACUGUGUGAGAUUAUUCUGGGAUGUUGUUAGAUGCAGCAGCUGAUGGUACCACCACAGUCUGUCUAAAUACUUCAUUACCCAUGAGCCUCAGCUGUUUGUACCAAACUGUGCUGCACAGCUGCUGGACUGGUCCUCAAUUAAGUCAAAAUGUAAAAGUAAAUUUAAAUGCCUGACCAUGUCUGAGUAUUUCAUCUGCGGUUAUUCACAUGGCAACAGAGUGUGCGAAGCUCUGAUUGGAUGAUUCUUGAAACAGUGUUCUCUGGGAUGUGUAGGGCUGUUCAGCUGAUUUUAAAGCUGCUACAGUGAAAUAAAUACAUCAGUUACCAAGAUCCAUUCAAAAUGUGUUUUUUUUUUUUUUUAUGUUAAUGAC